AUGAUAAAUGGACCACGGCGACUGCAGGAGCAUGUAAGUCGAGUUCAGUCCUCGCUGGCCAUCACAGCUGUGGUCUACAAAAAACUGCUGCCCAUCUUUCGAAAGGUAUUUUCGCCUCCGGCCGAGGAUGACGACAGUUCGGAACGAGUGACAUGCAAAAAACUUUUCAACUUACUUUGGUCGCUUUUCAUCGUAAUGCGAAGUUAG